CGGAAGAGGCGUUGAGUGUCAAAUUGAAAACAGAAAUGGCGGGGUGUUUACGCUGUUACUGUAGAACUGUUAGAACUGUAACUGUGAAAAUGUAACGACAAGCUGUGUGUGAUGCCGAUGGUUGGUGUUGCGAAGUAACAAAGAGUAAGUCGGUUAAAGCUAAUCUGCGUUAAAACUGUGUUUAGCACAACGUCGGGAGUUCUUUCUCACGUUAGCUAAAGUUAGCUUCCAAUGGGUUCUUUCUCGAUUGUUAUUGCCAAGCCGCGUUACGUUACAACAGUGCAGUGUAUACUGAAACAAACUUAUUUUUAUGACUCACUUCAACAACUGUUACUUCUGCUGGUCUGCGUCGCCAAAUAACUAGAAGAGUAGCAGUCAAGUAGAUAAUUUUACAGUUAACAUCAGUCAUCAACCCACCUGCUGCCGCAUCACUGGGUGUUGAACAUCCAGGAAAAUCACACAGCAUCAUGUCCGGCAAUGGGAGAGUCAUCCCGGACACCCCGUUGGCCGUAGACUUCUGGCUGGUGCGGAAGUGUCCCGGCACCCGGCUGUUUUUCUUGUCCCACAUGCAUAGCGACCACACGGUGGGUUUGACCUCCACCUGGAGCAACCGGCCCAUCUAUUGUUCACCGACCACUGCUGCACUGCUCAGACUCAAACUACAGGUGAAAGAGCAGUGGAUCCAUCCACUAGAGCUGGGUGAGCCAUACCUGCUGCCACUGGAUGACAUUGGCAAGGAGAAGCUAACAGUCACCCUGAUAGAUGCCAACCACUGUCCAGGGGCUGUCAUGUUUCUCUUUGAAGGCUACUUUGGCUCUAUACUGCACACUGGUGACUUCAGAUAUGCCCCCUCAAUGCUGCGUGAGCCAUGCCUGAGGACAAACACCACUAUAGAUGUCCUGUACCUGGACAACACCAACUGUGACCCCAACCGCACCUUACCAUCCAGACAGCGAGCCACUCAACAAAUCAAAGAAAUCAUCCGCAGCCACCCCAACCACAAUGUUGUCAUAGGUCUGUAUGCACUGGGAAAGGAGUCCCUGCUGUUGGAGCUGGCGAUGGAGUUUAAAACCUGGAUUGAGGUGAGCUUUGAGAGGAUGGAGACCCUCAAAGUUCUAGAGCUGCCUGAUGUUUUCACCACUGACCUGGGAGCUGGUCGAAUACGAGUUGUGAUGCAGUCAGAGAUCUCUUCUGCCGCUUUGUACCAGUGGAACAAAGAACAUCCCACUUUGGCCAUCGUCCCCACCAGCAGGCCCCUGGUAUCCUUCCACCCCAGCGUCUAUGUGGUGCCCUACUCCGACCACUCCUCUUAUCAAGAGCUGGAGGAUUUUGUCUCUGCGCUUAAACCUACCUCCAUUGUGCCCAUUGUAGGAAACUGUGUACCUGAAUAUCUCUCUGCCUUACUGCCCAGCAAAAAGCGCCAUGAAAUCCUGGUGCCUGAGUCAGUCCGACACUACAUGUUGAGACAGCCUGAGAGUGAGCUCAGCUCAUCAGUAUACACCAGCCUUCGCCGCAGACUCUUCAAACCUCCCCCCAAAGGGGUGGUAUUUGAGUCUCCUCUGAGGGGAUUCGUGGGGUCAUGCGAAGAUGUCUGUGAAGCAGAAUGCCUGGAGCAGGAUGCUCCCGAGGAAGAGACAGACAUAGAAAGUAGUGAAAAGGACUCUGAGUAUAUCCUUGUGGAUAUUAGCAAGAAACUCACCCCUAACAAAAACAGAGGAGGGGCUGGAGACAUGUGGAGCCUCAAUAUUGUCCAGACAGUCUCUGAAGAUAUGGUGAUGGCAGAGCCGGUGGCUCUUAGUCAACUCACCCAGAGAAACUUUGCUCCAGUGGAAAUUCUGACAAACUCCAGCGUCUGCUUGAAGCCUGUCAGUACGACAAGAAUCCCUUUUGAAACGAAUACCAAAAUACUAAACGAGACAGGAUCAAGGCAACAUAGCAGUAGUCAACAAAGUGAACAUGAAAACGUUGAGAACAUCCACACGCUGUCACAUGAUGACAGCAUGAGUCAAUACAGUGGGCAUGGAAUCGAUCAGGACAACAACAUAACAUCAGACGACAAUAACGUGAGUCGGCACGCUGGAUGUGAAAAUGAUUGGGACAACAGUGUGACAUUAUUGCAGAGAAGCCCAGAUACCAAUUCAUCUAGCCUCUGGAAUGAGCUGAGGGAAGAGUAUCUGCAGGAGCUUGAAAACAAUAUUUUAAAGAACCUACCCUUCACAGAGGAGGACUUUGAGCCCUGGGGCCUCCUGCCACAGAGCUUUGUGAAACAGUUCGCCCUCUCUCCCCAAAAUGAUGCAAGAGAGGAUGACAUGUCAGGAAAAUAAUGUGACCUGAAGUUUUUGCCUUGCUUUAGAGGCCUUGAAGAGUUUCCUGUCUGUGUUAACAUAAGCACUUUAAAGCCACAACACCUUUUUCUCUGUCCUUGGUAACUUCCUACUUUUAUAUGGUCAAAUCCUUUUUGUGCCUCCAUUUUGUGAGGGUGGCAUAGAGUUUAGAAAAGCUGGCUUGUGAUCAGAAAGUCAGGAGUUGGUCCUUGAACUGGACUUCUGAAGUGAUGGACUAACCUUUGGCUUCACCUUGGCGUCCUGGAUGUCUAAGCCAUGGCAGCUUUCUGUCUUUAAAGAAAUCAUCAUUUCUUUGUUGUGGUGGAAAAAAAACUAAUCGGUGAUCUUAAUGGACUUACCAUGGAUGUGGCUGAGUCAGAGCUCACAGUAGUCAGUGAUGUUUGUAAAGUCACAUUUCACAAUAUAAAGAAGUAAGCAAUUUCUUUUUUUUCUUUCUUUUUUGCCUUGAGAACUGGUUGUCUUGAAGCUGUGGUGUUUUUUUUUCCUCCUUCAUGAAGUCCUUUGAAAUCUGAGUGGAUGGAGAAGUUUUUGCUGCUGCAAAGAACUUUGUUAUUGGCCAAAAUCUGAAUUUAGUUUUAGCCUAAGAGGUAAAACAAAGCAAGAUUUUUUUAUGCCAUAUGCCAUAUCAGCCUUUUUCACCAAGACUUUUAUUUUAUAUUUUUACAGUGCAUCAGUAACAUUCUUUUUGGUUAAAUUAGAAAUUUUCAUUAAGGUGUGGUUUUGGUUUAUCUGUAUUUUGCAGUUUUGAGUCAGGAGGAGUUGUUGCACUGGUACUUUAUGAUGAAAUUCUAUUAUUUUGCACCUGUGGCAAUGUUCUUUUCUUUGUUAAUUCACCACUUAAACCAGAAAAAAUAGCAUAUAACACUCCACAGUCCAAAACACUUUAACCCUGACAUUACAUUUUUUAAAGGAAUCAGUGAGAAGUGUAAUUGUUAAAAAGAAGUUAUGUUAAAUUAGAUGAAUGUGUAUUGAAUAGCAGUAUUGCUUCUGAUUGUAUUCCUACAACAGCUUAAUGUGUGUUUCAUAGUGUUUCUUGUUCCCAUGACCGCCUGCCAACUCCAAGAAGUUGCUGCUAUUAUCCUUUUUAGAUGUUUUGAUUUGAGGUGGCAAAAACCAGCGGCAUGCCGCUUGACCACUCUAUGGGAAUUUAAUAGUGUUAAUCCCAAAUCUUGGACUACAGCACUAAAUCUCAUUGACCUGUUAACAUUUGUGAAACCACACUUUGCCUUUUUGUUUGGGGAAAAAAAUAUGACUUUUGGCUGUAUUUUAUCCAAAUAACUAGAAAAAAAGAUGCACCAAUAGGAAAAUCUGUGUUUAUUCUAAUGACUUACUGCAUGCUGUAUUUACCAUUUUUAUUCAUAUUCAUGAACAAAGAAGCAUUGUUUAUUUGAUAAAUGAAAAUGUUCUGCUUCAGUGAGAUUAAUGUCUUGUAAAAUAAAGGAAAAGUAAACUGUAACUAUAAUAUUUAUGUUGAAUGCAGGCUCCUUGGGUUGCUAGUUGUUUCCCCAAUAAAUUACAGAUUUUUUGCCAA